AUGUCAUCGCUGAGUAUGCUCGAGAAAAACCAAGAAGACGCUUCAGAGGAAGUUACAUGGCAGGACCAGUCGAGAAUAAAUGAAUUCUCAAAGUACAACAAACGCCUCGAAGACAUUGAAGAAGCGUUGACAGAUAAAAAAACUGAAAGAGAGCAGAUAGAUGACUUGAGUAUGGAAUUGGAAUUGGCUGACGAAGAUCAGCCCGUGUUAUACAAACUUGGUGACUCUUUCGUGUACAUAAGUCUAGAGAAAGCUCAGUCGCAAAUUGAGGCCGAUUGCAACGCUCUGGACGCCAUUAUCGAUGGACUCAAAUCCCGAGCUGAGGAUUGUGAGAGGAGUAUGUCGGAAUUGAAGGUGCAUCUGAAGAGCAAGUUCAAGGAUUCCAUCAACCUUGAUAGAUAA